GCGGAGCAAGUCCAAAAUGGCGGCUCUCAGGCUGGCGCGCUCCGUGCUGCUGGCGCUUUGAGGUGGUCGCCAGGGGUCGGGGGGACGAUUUCCCCGCCGCGGGGGCCCUAGAGGAUGAAUCGAGGGCUCUGCUAAGGUUAGGCGGUGGGGGUGGAGAGAGUGGCAGCAAGGGCUGCGGUGGAGUCCACGGAGCGGGAUGUGCGAGAGUUACUCCAGGUCGUUGUUGAGGGUCUCGGUGGCGCAGAUCUGCCAGGCGCUGGGCUGGGACUCGGUGCAACUCAGCGCCUGCCACCUCCUCACGGACGUGCUGCAGCGCUAUCUGCAGCAGUUGGGACGGGGCUGCCAUCGGUACUCUGAGCUGUAUGGCCGAACAGACCCAAUUUUGGAUGAUGUUGGUGAAGCUUUCCAGCUUAUGGGGGUUAGUCUUCAUGAACUAGAAGACUAUAUUCACAAUAUUGAACCUGUGACUUUCCCACAUCAAAUUCCGUCAUUUCCUGUUAGUAAGAACAAUGUCCUUCAGUUUCCUCAACCUGGAAGUAAAGAUGCAGAGGAAAGAAAAGAAUACAUUCCUGAUUACAUGCCACCCAUUGUGUCUUCACAAGAAGAAGAAGAAGAAGAGCAGGUGCCCACUGAUGGCGGUACGUCCGCUGAAGCCAUGCAGGUUCCCUUGGAAGAAGAUGAUGAACUGGAGGAGGAGGAAAUUAUUAAUGAUGAGAAUUUCUUGGGUAAGAGACCGUUGGAUAGUCCCGAAGCUGAAGAAAUGCCUGCCAUCAAGCGACCACGGCUGUUAAGCACUAAAGGGGACACCCUGGACGUAGUAGUAUUGGAAGCUCGAGAACCCCUCAGCUCAAUAAAUACCCAAAAGAUUCCGCCAAUGCUCUCUCCGGUCCACGUACAGGACAGUACAGACCUUGCCCCUCCGUCCCCGGAGCCGCCGAUGUUGGCUCCAGUGGCAAAAUCACAAAUGCCAAUCACAAAACCAUUAGAAACAAAGUCAUUUACACCGAAAACAAAGACUAAAACUAGUUCUCCGGGACAGAAGACUAAAUCACCUAAAACUACUCAGUCACCAGCAAUGGUCGGAAGUCCUAUUCGGUCACCAAAAACUAUAUCCAAAGAGAAGAAAUCUCCUGGACGCUCUAAGAGCCCCAAAAGCCCCAAGAGUCCCAAGGUGAUGACACAUAUUCCCCAAGCACCUGUCAGACCGGAAACACCAAAUAGGACUCCUUCAGCUACGAUAAGUGAAAAACUUAGUAAAGAGACCGUUCAGGUAAGACAGAUACAGACCCCCCCAGAGGCUGGGAAACUCAACAAUGAGAAUCAGCCGAAGAAGGCUGUCGUGACCGAUAAAACGAUCGACGACUCUAUCAAUGCCGUGAUUGCGCGGGCUUGCGCCGAACGAGAGCCAGACCCUUUCGAGUUUUCUUCUGGAUCAGAAUCCGAAGGAGACAUUUUUACCAGCCCUAAGAGGAUUUCAGGUUCAGAAUGUACUGCUCCAAAAGCUUCCGCCGCCUCCAACAACUUCACAAAGUCAGGAUCCACUCCCCUGCCUCUUUCAGGCGGAACUUCGAGUUCGGACAAUUCAUGGACAAUGGAUGCGUCCAUAGAUGAGGUUGUGCGGAAGGCAAAAAUGGGAGCCCCUCCAACUAUGCCUCCCAGCUUUCCCUACAUCUCUUCCCCUUCGGUCUCUCCUCCCACCCCCGAACCUCUGCACAAGGUGUAUGAGGAGAAAACCAAGUUGCCUUCAUCCGUGGAAGUCAAAAAGAAGUUGAAAAAGGAACUGAAGACCAAAAUGAAGAAGAAGGAGAAGCAGAGAGAUAAGGAGAGGGAAAGAGACAAGAGCAAGGAGAAGAGUAAAGAGAAAGACAAAGUGAAAGAGAAAGAGAAGGAGAGCAGCAAGGAAACCAAGUACCCCUGGAAGGAGUUUCUUAAAGAUGAAGAGCCAGAUCCCUAUAAGUUUAAAAUAAAAGAAUUUGAGGAUGUCGAUCCCAAAGUGAGAUUGAAAGACGGAAUGGUGAGAAAAGAGAGAGAGAAGCAUAAAGAUAAGAAGAAAGACAGAGACAGGGGCAGAAGGGAUAAAGAUAAGAGAGACCGGGAGAAGGUUAAAGAGAAGGGGCGGGAGGACAGGCCCAGAGCAGCCCCUGCGCCCGUGGUGCUGCCCCCGAAGGACGUACCGCUGCCCUUGUUCAGCCCCGCAGUGGCCGCCAGGGUCCCCGCCACGCUGCCUGCUCUGUCAUCAGUGCUCCCUGAAAAACUGUUUGAAGAAAAAGAGAAGCCCAAGGAGAAAGAAAGGAAAAAGGACAAAAAGGAGAAGAAGAAAAAGAAGGAGAAAGAGAAGGAGAAGGAGAAGAAAGACAAGGAAAGGGAGAGAGAGAAGAGGGAGAGAGAGAAGAGAGAAAAAGAAAAGGACAAGCACAGGCAUGAAAAACUUCCACCUGACGCUGGGAAGGAAAAGUCCCUCGGACUACCUUGGUUGCAGAUAAAAGUGGAGCCAGUUGUUCCAGCCCCAAGUCCGGUUAUCCCCCGAUUGACUCUCAGAGUUGGUGCUGGCCAAGACAAGAUUGUCAUCAGCAAAGUGGUCCCAGCCCCCGAAGCUAAGCCGGCCCCUUCUCUGAGUAGACCCAAGACCCCACCGCCUGCUGCCGCCCCCGCCCCUGUCCCCGUGCAUGUCGCCCCCGCCCCGGUGCCUUCGCCGCUUCUCACGCAGUCCGCCGCGGCCCCUGCUUUGAUGCCAGCCCCGUCCCCAGCCAUCUCUGGAGCCGGAACGUCCAAAGCCCCGGUCCGAAGCGUGGUCACGGAGACCGUCAGCACUUACGUGAUCCGAGAUGAGUGGGGGAAUCAGAUCUGGAUCUGUCCUGGAUGCAACAAGCCCGACGACGGGAGUCCCAUGAUCGGCUGUGAUGACUGCGACGACUGGUAUCACUGGCCCUGUGUUGGAAUAAUGGCUGCACCACCAGAAGAAAUGCAGUGGUUCUGUCCCAAGUGUGCCAACAAGAAGAAGGAUAAAAAGCACAAAAAGCGAAAGCACCGGGCACACUGACGUGUCACGUGGCGUGGACGAGCAGCGUCGCCUCGAAGGGGCGUUGGGGCAAUCCUGGCAUCCCGCCUACCACCCACAUUCCUGCGGAGAGUGGAUCUCGGAAGCCCGAGGACAAGAAUACAUCGUCCACCCUGGAUUUGGCCCCCGUGACAGACCGGCCUGUGCCCCACAUGGCCGCAGGACUGAAGACAGACUCAAGUCGAGGCGUGGCUCAGGGCCGCCAUGCCUCCAUUUUUCUAUGACCAGUGACAAGUAUUAUUAAUAAAAAGACUGUAGUCUUCCCUUCUGAUUUUCUUUAUUCUCUCCAGGGCCCUUUCAUUAAGGUAUUAGCUGAGAAGACCAUGUAUCAGCCGCCUCAACUCUCACUCCCGGACUCCAUUGGUCUGUGUACAGUUUGCAGCCUCUCCCCCUCUCUCUAGUAAGAUAAUCAUAAUGACAGAAAAGAAAACUCCACUUGGAGUACCAGUUAAUAUUUUUGUGAUGAAAAUAUAUGAAGCUUCCCCACCCCCCCAACCCCCAUUUUUAGGACUAACAUGUAAAAUGUUCAGGCUUUUGUGAAAUACCUUAUAUUUUUUAAGAAAAAGGUUUCUAUCAUGUCCUGUUUGCUUUGGCGCAGAUUAUUUUUUGUUGACUCGCACGUGGUUUCUACGUUCGUGGCAUCCUGACUGUGCCCUUCUCUAAACUGCUGGCGUUCUUCUCACGGCUUCCACAUUUCAUCGACUUGUAUAAAAACUCCCCGCCUAGAAGAUCACCCCUAAUGUAAAUAAUAAAUAUUUAUGAAGUAGUUAUUUUUUAAAUUUUUAUCGUGUUUAAUUCUGGCUUUCUCUGAAAUCCACGGUGAUUUCAGCCAUGUCUGUAAUUACCGCUGUACAUACGCGAAGAAGGCUAGAAGCAGAGCCAUAGUUCCGAGUAAUCUACCUUGAGCUGAGCCCGCGCCGUGGCCUGGACACCGUGGGGGAGAGGGCCCGAGCAGUUGGAAGGACAGCAAGGCAAUUUAAGUCUAUAGUUUAUGAUUUGAAAUUGUUUUGUUAUCUCUAAGUUUCUUUGACUUACUUUCACUAAACAGACAUGUAGAUUCCCCAAAAGUAAAAAAAAAAAACAAAAAACAAAAAAUGAAAAAACAUAUAUACUGUAGCAUUUUGUGUUUAUAUUGUUUUAUUUCUGCAAAUCUGUUCAUUGAGAUUGUGGUUUAAGGCUGAAAUGAAGUAUAUUAUGAAUUUUUUUUUAAAGAAAACAUCAAAUUUCAGGGUAUCACAAAACUUUAUUAUAUUACUAUACUGCCCACUAUUUAUUAUAUGUUAUAGAUGUCUGAGAGAUAAACCAAAUAUUUUAUUUUUAAUGUAAAACAUCAAAUUUAACUUUAUUAGCAUAUUUUAGCAACUUUGGAAUAAAUAUGGACUUUUACUUGAUUUUGAAAUAAUCCCAAUUUGGGCCAGUGUAAUGGAUAUCUUGAAUGCUAGAAUAUGGGCUUUGAACCUAAUACAAAUAUAUUAAUAGAAAUUGUGAAUUUUUUUAAUGCCAAGUAAAUUGAUAUUAGUGUAUGAAUUAGUCAUAUUUUAAAACUUAUUAUGUUGUUAGAGAAAUGAGGUUUUCUGCCAUGAAUGUUAAAUUGCAAAUCAGUGGAAAUGGAGCUGACCUUUUCAGGGUGCAGUAUUUCACUGCCCUCCUUGUUCUAGAAGCCAAAAUGUUUCUAUCCCUACAAAGAAACGAAGCAUCUAUGUUGAGAUAUGUGUUUUUUUGUUUUAUUAAUUUGAGAUCAUCCUAAAUACUUUAUACAGUAUUUUCACAUGCACAGAUAUACCCAUUAGUGCUUUUUGGAGAGGGAUGGUGGGGUGGGGAAGUGCAAAAUAAAGAUUAUUGGCUAUUU